AACGACAAGGCUUAUAUCUGACGAUAUAUCGAUAGGGGCUCUCUUUCCCUGUCUUUCCUCUUCCUCCUUUUCUUCCUCCAUCCUUCACUUGCCGGCUGCUUGAUUCUUACGACCGGUGUUUUAAGACCAACUGAGGAAAGGUCCAAAUGAUGACAUAUGUUGGCAAGAACUGGCCCAUGGCUGAUGCAAUCAAAGGAUCUUCAGAAAGAGCUUCGAACCAAUCCCACAGAGAUGUCACUCGAUCCAGAAGCGGAGGUCCAGAGAGAUGGAGAGGCCAGACAUCUGGAGAAGUUGCUGAGAUGAACGGACGACGUCCUCCUCCAUGCAGUGGCACGGCUCCUGCCACCGCCGGUCGAGCUUCAGAGCAAUCAACCCGGCGCAGUCGAGAUCCAAGGCUAGCAGCAGCUGCAUCUCUACACACCCCGCGGCCGCCACCCAUUCAGCAAGAAACACCCAUGGCCAUAAUCCAACCACCUAGCCGGCAACAAGUCGUUGUAUUAAAGAUAGCAAUCGAUCCUCGCCAUGGCCUCCCGUUGCUCUUGUCCCACUCGGUUGAGCAACCAGCAGCCAUUCCGCAGCAGCAGGCAGCCACUCCAUCUGGCCUGCCGGUUCAUACGUUCAGGGUAGCGACUGACCCUAGGGACGGCCACAUUGCGAUCUUGUCUCACACAGUUGAAGCAACGACUCGGCAUCAUGCUGCUGCCAGCUCUGUGGCCGCCGCUGAUCAACCCGGUGGCAGCGGUGUGAUGAGGGCCAGAGAAGCUCGUGAUGGCAACAGCCAGACCACGACGCGGAUGGUGUUUAGAACCGCGCUGAAAGAGUUCGUGACGAAACAAAUCGCGGAAACAAGGGGCCAGCAAGCUAGCCUCACAACAGAAGAGCUCCGUGGUUUCGUUGUGCGCAAGGCCGUGGACAAUAUCAUGCGGUCAGAGAAACACAUCCCCGGCACACAAGAGAGGAUUGGGAAGUACCUGAGGUUCUGCAGGGGGAAAAUAAGGAAGCUCAUACAGGAGUACUUUCACAAGUACGAGGGAAGAUUUCCUCGGUGAAACAACAAAAUGAUGAACAUGAGCACUAGCUUGAGGAGGAAUGUUUGGACAACCUGUUCACAGAGGCAGGGUUACUGUGCUUGUUUGUUUCUGUGGUCGGUCUUUAUGAUGAACAUCGAUCGAUAAUGUUGGGUCUAACGGUUAUAAAAAACUCUGGUGUGGUGUGUUUUCAUUUUCCAUCUUAAUACCACCUCAAACUUGUGUUUGGAUUCGGUCAGGUGUGAUCAGAACUUCAGUCAUAUCUUACCCUCAUUAAUUAUUGAUGUGGUCACUGCAAUGCAAACUGGUUUUCAACCAGGAAUAUAAUGCUACUCUCUUCUUUUCAAUUUAUAUAUCGUUUUGACUUUUUAAA